AUGGCCAAUGGGCGCUGGGGGCGGGGCGGAGUGAGGACCGUUCGAGGCCUGGCACGGACGGCGGACGCCGCGCAGCUCCCCCUCUGCCGAGCGGCCGGUGGGGCCCAUCCCAGCCUGGCACCAUGAACGUCUUCAACCGGAACAUCAACUACGAUGCCCUCUUCAAGCUCUCUCACAUCUCGGCCUCCACCCAGGAGCACCUCAAGAGGGUCUAUGCCAGCUUUGCCCUCUGCAUGCUCGUGGCGGCCGCGGGGGCUUACGUCAACGUGGUGACCCAGCUCUUCCAGUUCAGCCUCCUGACCGGGCUGGGCGCGCUGGGGCUGAUCGUGUGGCUGACGGCCACCCCGCACAGCCGGGACACGGAGCAGAAGAGGCUGGGGAUGCUGGUGGGCUUCGCCUUCCUGACAGGCAUUAACCUUGGGCCCCUCCUGGAAAUGUGCAUCUCCAUCAACCCCAGCAUCAUCCCCACUGCCUUCCUGGGCACUGCCACCAUCUUUGCCUGCUUCUCGCUGAGUGCCCUCUACGCCCGGCGCCGCAGCUUCCUCUACCUGGGAGGUUUCCUGCUCUCUGGCCUCACCCUGAUGCUUCUCUCCUCUCUGGUUAACGCCUUCGUGAGGUCCACCUGGCUCUUCACAGCCAACCUCUACGUGGGGCUGAUGAUCAUGUGUGGCUUCGUGCUCUUCGACACGCAGCUCAUCAUCGAGAAGGCAGAGAGUGGGGACAAGGACUACAUCUGGCACUGUGUUGAUCUCUUCCUCGACUUCGUCGACAUCUUCCGGGAGCUGCUGAUGAUCCUGGGCAUGUCCGAGAAAAAGAAGAAGGAGAAGAAGUGAAGCAGCCCCAGGCCGAGGUGGAGCUGCCCCUGCUGGUCCCUGCCCUGUCCCUGCCCCUCCUCUCUGGUUCAUUAAAGGCUUUGCUGCCGGGGAGCAGCAGCCCAGAGGCCUCCUCUCCCUCUGAGCUUUUUCUCUCUU